AUGAGAAUAUUACAAGUGGAGAAACAAUUCUGCAAGAACUUAGUGUUGUUAGAAAACUUCAAGGAUAACGUAUUCCCUGAGAUUAAGCUUUACAUAGAAGAUAGGCGAGAAGUAUCUUUUGCAGGAGCAACUAGGUUAGCUGACGAAUAUACUUUGACUCAUAAUUUAAGUGUUAGUAAGAUGCGAAAUGAUCCUUCGUCUGGUAGAGUACAAAGCAGUAAAGGUUUCAGUUCUAGUAAUAGCAAUGCAAGUAAAAGUGUAUAUUCUUGCUAUACAUGGGGAAAACCUGGUCAUACGUCUAAGGUUUGUGAGAAUAAAGUGGCAUCUAGUGGCUCAGAAUUAACUUGUUUCCGAUGUAAUGGGAAAGGGCAUUUAGCAAGCAAUUGUGUAGUAGAAAGGAAGGACGUUAAGAAACCAGCGUCUCUAGUUAACCUUUCGUCAAUGCCUGAAAUGGUAGUAACUAGGUCAGGUUUAGAUACAGACAUAGACUAUGGUCAUAAUUUGUUUGUGGAUUCGGACGAGUGUGAGUGCGUGGAUUCGAACGAGAGUGAGUUCGUGGAUUUGAACGAGUGUGAUAGAGGUGGCGAGGUUGAUCUUGUUGCCUUACGACUGGGAGUCAAAAGAGCAAUGUGCUCAUUCCAUCCCUCUCCAUCUUCCUCCUCCUCCUCCUCCUCCUCCUCCUCCUCCUCCUCCUCCUCCUCCUCCUCCUCCUCCUCCUCCAUGCAUCUCAGAUGA